UUUUGCUUAAAAAAAAUACAGAUUAAAUUCAGUGUAUUAAACAAGGUAAUUGAUUAAUUAAGCAUAAAUGCUGACACGUUUGCUCAGGAGCAGACUCAGAGGAGGAAAUUAGACUUUGAGGAGCCAGUGAUGAAGUCCAUAAUCUCUGACCUGCACUCCAAAUUUGCAGAGAAGACCUGGAAUGAGACGUUUCAGCUCGUCCGAAGAUGCAUGGACAAAUCCAGAGAUGAGUCCAAACCCUGUGAGCCACUGGUUAGAUCACUGGAAAUGCUCCAGGAAGUGUUUAAUGUGUCCUCUAUGAAUACCAUGAAGUCUCGUCUGGAAAUGAUUGCCAAACAACAAGGAAUGGGCUUUCACAUCACUGAGGCCACGUGCUACCUGACGGCAGAUUUGUUCUACCUGGAGGUGGUGUUGCUGCCCUGUGGCGGUGUAGAGGAAGUUAAAGUGGCCCCACAUGGAGGAGCCCCUGUUCCAAGCGAGUCCCUUCUUCAGCUGCUGAGGUCUAAACAUUUUGCUGAGUUCUCAGCGAAGUUGGCAGGCCUCUUCACCCAGUACAACAUCCCUGGAGACAAUGAAAUCAAAUUAAAACUGUUUGCAUCUCUACAAUGCAUCGGGAAAGACUUGCAGGAAAUAUCACAUCUGCCGAGGGAGCCAAAGGACUCUGACCCCCAAGUGGACAUGAUUAACAAUGGCAGGGUCGGGUGUCUGAUAGCUGGAAAGGAAGAUUGCCCCCUGACUAUCCAGUUCUAUAUCGGUCCAACUGAUGGAAUAAAGACCUCAGAUUUGCAAAUACCAGACGCAGUCGUCCAGGCAGCCCAGGUGACCAUCGGCGUCAGCGACGUGACUCACAAGCUUCAGAUGGCAUCUGUGAUCCCACAGCCUGCACAGCUGGAUCCGCAGGGUUAUCCCGCGUUCCUGCCGCUGAGCGAGGUGCAGCAUGAGGCGCUGCUGGCCUGUUUUCUCCUCAAACUGCAGCCACCAGUACCAUUGAUGGCGUCUUUUGUCAACAAGUUGGGCGAAAUUACAGAUGUGACCAUACCAGAUGUUGACCUGCAGUGGGCACCCUUACCUAAGCUUCUGAUGAGACGUUCAAGUGCAAACAGCCACGAGGAGACGAUAGAUGGGCAAGAUGAUGUUUUCACAGCUCCUCUUCCUGGUGGUGUGAUGCACAGUUAUGUUCUCCCCGGAGCUGCAUGGGAGGUGCCUGCCCAGAGAGCUGCUUUAGUGGACAGUAUUCCCUUCACCCACCCUGCCCACGUCCCGGCCCUGCUGGAGCUGCUGCGUCAUCAGUGUGCCAUUAACACCCUGCUGACGAGCUGUAUGACGUCCGAGCGUGCCAGAACAGGUUUGGUUUGUGACGCGCACUUCGAAGUCCUUCCGGAGUCUGACACCAGCUUUUCUGUGACCUUCCACCGACCUGACACUGACUCCCUCGCUGUCUUGCUGGUGGACGUAUCCGAUUCUCAUCAGAUCAACUGCAUUUUGUUCGGAGCAGGAACAGAGGAUCGCUCUUGGGAUGAACACCUUUCCACUGUUAUGAUGAGGUGCAUGUCCCUUCCCAUGACCUUGAGGACAUUACACAGCAAGCUAGAGGAGAUCAGCGCCGCCCCACGUUCACCCCACCGUCCGGCCACCACAGAGGCCGAAAAUGAGCACCUCUCGCCUCCCUCGAGCAAUGCCGUGACCGACAACAGCAGCGUCUUGACCACGUUCUCCCAGAGUGCAUCCGCACCAGAGGGUGACUUGAGUGUUUCUGGUUCCGCCUGCUAUGCCAUGUCUGUAGCCAAAUCUGAACUCCUUCCUGAAAUAAACACAAGUCCUGCUGCUAACCUUUAUCCAUUCACUCCUGUGGGUGUGUUUCCACACUGGAUGACCAGUAACGGCCAACUGUCAGAGCUGAUGUGAAACUGUAUGAACCUUUUACAUGCAGUGUCUUUUAAAAUGUGUAUUUUUAUUAUAGAACUGAAUAAAUGUUUUGGUUUUGCAACUGUUUUAUACACAUACAAUCAGAAUUAUUAUGAAACAUACUAUUUUUAGGUCCAUUUUGUGUAUGAUCACAUCCAUCUCAUGCCGAAAGCUGUUUCAUACUAUGCAUUCCAGUGUGGCAGAGAUUGCCGGCUGUAAAGGGUUGAGGUUUGGCAUUUGACCUCUCUCAGACAGCCAAGGGCCCAAGUUGAUUGGUACCAUGUGAGCCAAUCAAACACUGUUAAAGUACAUGAUGCAUUCUUGAUGGCUUGUAUGCAUAAAGUUAAGAUCAACACACACCACACAUUAAAAUAAGAAAUAGCUCAGCUGCGUGCAUAAAAAAAUAUCAAGGGCAGGGCUUGAUUGUGUUUAAAAUAAUAUGUCAUGUUUUAAAAAUAUGUCAUGACUUUUUUGAAACGGCAUAAUUGUACAAUAAAGAAAU